AUGGAUGAGCCAUUUAGCUUUCCUAUCGAGGACGCGGCGAGAAAGGCGUUGGAAGAUGCUCUGUCAGGCAAGAAGGACCUUGUGAACAAGUGGGACGCGGAGAUCAAGAAGCAAAUCAACCCGUACUACGCCCCGUCCUCCCUCACCUCCCCGUUUCCCCCCCCCCCCCGGCCCAUCCGCACACCUUUAUCUGCUUUUCACACAGGGCCUUCGCAUCGUGGCCUCCAAAAUCAACUGCAUUCUCUUCCGUCCACCUCCCCUCCCUCUGCCCGCUCCUUCCACCCCCCACAGUACCUGCUGUUCACACAAGGUCUUCGCAUCGUGGCAUUCCUAGUGAACUGCAUUCUCUUCGUGCUUCGGGGCUUUAAGGGGCCGCGCUCGCAGCAGCAGGAGAUCUACACCCCCCGUGCCGCCACCGCUGGUGCUGCUGGGGGCGAUGGGGAUGUGGGCGAUGCGGGGAAGAGAGAGGAGAGCGUGCGGCAGAAGUGGGGAGGGGACGAAUGA